UCUCUUCAUUCGUGGCGGUGUGGUUCGGUUCGAAGUAAAAAUCAAUUUGGUAAAAAAAAGUGCUGAAAAGUGAACCAAGUGUGAAAUGUCGGACAGUGGCAGUGGUUCGGACAAUGAUAGUGUCGUGUCGAACCGUUCCCGCAAGAGCGGAGGGUCCAAUCGCAGCCGUUCGAUCUCUCGCUCGGCCUCCAGAUCGGUUUCGAGAUCGCGUUCCCGUUCGCGUUCUGCUUCUCGUUCGCGAUCACGCUCAGCGUCCGGAUCUCGUUCCGGUUCCGAUGUAGAGCAGAUACGUAUGAAGAAGAAACGGAAAAUAUCCGGUGGAUCCGAAGAAGAGGAAGUCGAGGAUGAACAAGAACCAGAAGGAGAGGAUUUGGAUUCGGAAGAAUAUGAAGACGACGAAGAAGAUGACGACCGACGAGGGGGAAGAAAGAAGAAGAAGAAGGAACGAUUCGGUGGAUUUAUUAUUGACGAAGCCGAGGUGGACGAUGAGGUUGAUGAGGAUGAAGAGUGGGAGGAAGGGGCACAGGAGAUUGGAAUCGUUGGUAACGAAGUGGAGGAAUUUGGACAGACAGCCCGAGAAAUUGAAAACAGACGUCGCGGAACGAACUUAUGGGACAACCAGAAGGAGGACGAAAUCGAAGAGUAUUUGAGGAAGAAGUAUGCAGACGAAUCGAUUGCCAGGAGGCAUUUUGGCGAUGGAGGCGAGGAGAUGUCAGAUGAAAUUACGCAGCAAACUUUGCUGCCAGGAAUCAAGGAUCCGAAUCUCUGGAUGGUUAAAUGUCGUAUUGGGGAGGAGAAAGCAACAGUUCUGUUGCUUAUGAGAAAAUUUCUAACUUACUCAAACACGGAUGAGCCACUGCAGAUUAAAUCAGUUGUUGCUCCGGAGGGAGUGAAAGGAUAUAUUUACAUCGAAGCGUACAAACAGACCCACGUAAAGGCAGCAAUUACAAAUGUUGGAAACUUGAGAAUGGGUAUCUGGAAGCAGGAUAUGGUUCCCAUCAAGGAAAUGACAGACAUAUUAAAGGUAGUCAAGGAGCAAACUGGACUCAAACCAAAACAGUGGGUCCGAUUGAAGCGUGGUAUUUAUAAGGACGACAUUGCUCAAGUUGACUACGUAGAUCUGGCACAGAAUCAAGUCCAUUUGAAGCUGCUUCCGCGUAUUGACUAUACUCGUUUGCGUGGUGCUCUACGGACAACCCAAUCGGAGAAUGAUGAAAAUAAGCGCAAGAAAAAACGUCGGCCACCGGCAAAGCCAUUCGAUCCGGAGGCCAUCAGAGCCAUCGGAGGAGAAGUCACAUCCGAUGGCGACUUUUUGAUAUUCGAAGGAAACAGGUACUCCAGAAAAGGAUUCCUGUACAAGAAUUUCACAAUGUCAGCUAUUUUGGCUGAGGGAGUAAAACCGACACUGGCCGAGUUGGAACGAUUUGAAGAGCAACCGGAGGAAAUCAACAUCGAAUUGGCCGUUUCGACCAAGGAUGAUCCGGUUACCGCUCAUACAUUUUCAAUGGGAGAUAACGUUGAGGUGUGCGUUGGUGAUCUGGAAAAUUUGCAAGCUAAAAUUAUCGCCAUUGAUGGAGCACUGAUUACGGUCAUGCCAAAGCACGAAGACUUGAAGGAUCCGCUUAUCUUCAAAGCAUCUGAGCUACGAAAGUAUUUCAAAACUGGUGACCAUGCUAAAGUGCUUGCCGGAAGAUAUGAAGGCGAGACGGGUCUGAUUGUCCGGGUGGAACCGCAGCGUAUCGUGCUCGUAUCUGAUUUGACCAUGCACGAAUUGGAGGUGUUGCCGAGAGAUUUGCAACUGUGUUCUGACAUGGCUACCGGCGUAGAUUCGCUAGGUCAGUAUCAAUGGGGAGAUUUGGUUCAGUUGGACCCGCAGACUGUGGGCGUCAUAGUUCGGUUGGAGCGUGAAAACUUCCACGUCCUUGGAAUGCAUGGCAAAGUCAUAGAGUGUAAACCGACCGCUUUGCAGAAGCGACGAGAAAGUCGUAAUACAAUUGCAUUGGAUUCGGAACAGAAUCAAAUCCGGAGGAAAGAUAUCGUCAAAGUUAUGGAAGGUCCCCAUGCAGGUCGAGAUGGUGAAAUAAAACAUUUGUACAGGAACUUAGCAUUCCUACAUUCACGAAUGUACACCGAGAAUGGUGGCAUUUUCGUUUGCAAAACAAGACAUCUUCAUCUGGCUGGUGGAAAUAAGUCCCAGGCGAAUGCCCUGAUGCCAAUGGGACAAUUUGGGUUCAUGUCUCCCCGCAUACACUCCCCAAUGCAUCCAUCGGGAGGUCGCGGAGGCGGACGUGGUGGUGGUCGAGGUGGUCGAGGAGGGGCCCGUGUCAACAGAGACCGGGAGAUCCUGGGUAAAAGUAUUAAGAUUACGGGAGGACCAUACAAAGGCGCCGUCGGAAUUGUCAAAGAUGCAACAGAGAGCACCGCUCGUGUCGAGUUGCAUUCCUCGUGUCAGACAAUCUCUGUGGACAGAAAUCAUAUUGCCGUUGUUGGAACUACUCCGAAGGAAGGAUCCGUCUCGAGUUACAUUCGAACACCAAGUCGCACUCCUGGCAGCAGUUACGGUUCUCAAACGCCGGUAUACUCUGGUUCAAAGACUCCAUUACACGGAUCGCAAACUCCAUCGUACGAUGUUGGUAAUCGUACUCCUUAUGGCUCGAUGACUCCAUCCCAUGAUGGCAGCAUGACUCCUCGACAUGGUGCGUGGGAUCCGGCCGUCACCAAUACGCCAGCUCGAUCGAAUGACUUCGACUUCAACAUGGAGGAACCAUCUCCCAGCCCAGGAUAUAACCCUAGCACUCCAGGGUAUCAAAUCAAUACGCCUUUUGCGCCGCAUACUCCAGGCAAUAUGUUCAACGCCGAAAACUACAGUCCGUAUCAGCCGAGUCCCAGUCCCAGUCCUUCGCCUUAUCAGGUUGGUUAUAUGGGCACUCCUUCGCCAAGUGGUUACUCUCCUGCUACUCCGGGAGCUCCACAGUCCCCGUACAAUCCACAAACACCUGGUGCCAGUUUGGAUUCACAAUUCGGCGAAUGGUGUACCACGGAUAUAGAAGUUAAAAUUCGCAAUCACGACGAUUCGGAUCUGGAAGGCCAAAAUGGCUUCAUUCGGACCGUCAAUAGCGGAGCCUGUUCGGUAUUCUUGCCCGCUGAGGACCGCGUCGUUACGGUGCUGAGUAACAAUUUGGAACCAGCAAUCCCAGGACCCGGAGAUCGGUUCAAAGUUAUCUUCGGAGAGGAACGCGAAGCGAUUGGCGAGUUUGUAUCGAUGUCUAGCAACAAGGAAGCAAUCGUUUCGGUCAACGGCAGUAAGAAGAUCAUGCCGAUAAACUAUCUCUGCAAGGUGAAAGUGGAUUAAAAAGUACCGAUCGAUUACUAUCGCUUGACACUGUUGAUGGUUGAUUUAAAUUUCCGAGUUGAAGUGUGACAUUGUAGAAGCCGAUGGAUCAAAUGAAUUUCGUUCGUUGUAUGAAUUAAAAAACAUUAAUGUAAACUUAAGAUUAUCUCUCACUCACCACAGAUGCAGAAGCCAAGGAAGAAGAAAUCGGUCCAAGUAAUUGUCUCUGCAAUGGCCCAUCUUGUAUUUGCUGUAUA